ACAUCGUUCGUUAAACAAACUAUAUAAACUAGAUUAGAUUUUAAAUUUGAAAAUUGUAUCGUUUGAAAACGUUAGUUUGAAACAGUUGUUAUAUCCUUGAUCGUAUGUAAACAUCGAGAUAAAUAUAUGUAUCGAGAAGUAUAAUUUAAAAUUAAUAUCAACAAAAAAAGAUAAGAAUUAAAGUAGACGAGAGAGAGAGUGAGAGAGGGAGAGAGAAAGAGAGAGAGAGAGAGAGAGAGAGAGAUAACAGGGCAUCAAAAGUAAGAGCAAUCAGAUAUUAUAUUUAGGCGGCAGAAGGGGAAAGUUUCGAUUGCUCUCGGCUUUCCGAAAGCGGGGUCUCUUUGUCCAAUCACUCAAAGAUUCACAGCAAGAUGGCGCUCGGUGAGAGGCGUUCGACGAUUGGUCGAUUAGACGACACGCGAAGUUGGCGAGAGCAGUCGCUCUCACGUCCUCGUAGCGGGCGCGUCGAAUAUGUUCCUGGGUUCGUUUGUGUGAUAGUGAAAGAUAGAUAGAUAGAGAGAGAGUGAGAGAGAGAGAGAGAGAGAGGAGAUAUAUCGUGCGCGUUCCUUUUCUCAUCACAGUCUGUUCUCUCUCUCCCUCCCAUUUCUGUCUGUCGUUCGGUACCGUCUGCGCUCUCGCUCCCACCCGGCCAACUGCAAGUAGGAAGCCAGGCAGCAGCCACCCUCUCUCGCUUUGUACCCUCGCAACGGUGGUAGCGACGACGAUGCGAGAAACGUAAUGGCCACCGUGGGCCUAGGAUAGAUAAAAGAAAGGAAUUCCUUUUCUCUUUGGAUCUUUGUCGGCCUGGUCUUCUUUUAUCGAAAGUGUCGUGCAAGAAAGAAACGACAUAGAAUCGGUAUUACAAGAAAGAUAGACAGAGAGAAAGAGAGAGAGAGAGAGAGAGACCGUUCGGACGUUAGUCCGUUUCGUUCGUCGCGGUCUGUCGGUGAAAAGUGCGUGAGCAAGAAACAAGAGAAGAAGAAGAAGAGAAGAAGAAGAUAAGCACCGUUGUUGGUGCAUCCUUAGUGUUACUUAUGUGUGCCAGCCAUUAUCGAACGUACUUCGCUCCAACUAUCCCCGAGGUGCGGAGGACGGGAUUGGAUUAUAUUAUAUCAUUUUGCCUUAUCGUCCAAUACAUCGCAGAUUCUACCCUCCGUACCGAGGAACCAUCGGAAAACGAGGUUCGAGAGACGACGGGAUAGUUCGGAUCAAUGACUUACUUCGCUUCCUUCCAACGUCCUAACGACGUCCUAUUAUUAGGACAUCGUUCAUUGUUCAUCGAUCAUAAUAGCUACCUCUGUUGAUCGUAAAGAAAUGUAUCGGCUUUCUAACCGAUGGAUCAAGGAUUAAAUAAACCGCAUUCAUCUCGCAUAUACAAAAGGCGUGCAUGAAGCAUGAAAAAAUAUCACGGAUUUCUUCUAUGCACCUUCGACGAAUAUUGGAAGAUCAGUCUCCGUUUGAUAUUUGGAAUCGAAUGUUCCUCGAGGAUAUUUAUCUGUGAUGAUCUCGAAUAGAGAUAACGUUGAAUCAAGAAAACCAAGCACGAGGAUAUCUCCCGCAGGUCGAAAUAAAUAAGUUUCUUUUUUUUUUUUUUUUCUUUUUUUUUUCUUCUUCAGAAAGAUAACUUUUUGGCCAUGCCAUUAUAAUAGAAGCCAAACAAAGUGCUCUACCACGAUCUUUUAUUCAUCCCUAUCGGAUGAUUUCAAUUCGAGUAAAAGAACUGAUCGGGCUAUGAUAAAGCUGGGAGAUAUUCGAUUGAUAUUGGAGUCUGGUGGUCAAAUUAAUACCAGUCACUGUGGAACAAAAUGUGACGGGCUAAUUGAAUGCUAUUAACCUGUCAAGAUAUUACGAAUGAGUGAGAAGAACACACACACGCACACACACACACACACACACACAUAUAUAUAUAUAUAAAUAUAAAAAAAAAUAUAAGUUUAAGAAUGUAGAAAUAUCUAUGAAAGAUUUAUUGACUGAUUUGAGAUUCUAAAAAUGACGAGAAUACCUACGAAUACUAGAGCGAUGAUGCUCGGUAGGUAAGAAAAGGACUGGCCCUUCUCUCUCUUUUCAUUUCCCAGCCCAUGAACGAUAAAUAUUGAAUAAUUCAUAAGAAGAUCUUUUUCGCUCUUCCGAUGCAUCAAUAAAAGAGGAAGGCGCAAAUGGGAAUAGAAGAGUAAUCUCAAAGACUGGUCCUCGUAAGUGUCCUUAUUUCGAGAAUCCUCCCCACCGUCGUCUUCUCUAGGUCGUUACUAUCUGCCUAUUACUACUACUACUACUAGUACUCCUAUCGCUGGUACCACCACCACCACCACCACCACUACCAUCUUGGCUCUUCGUCGGCACUCCUUUCUCCCGGUUAUGGAAUGAGCCGGCGUUCGAAUACUUGGACGUUCGCGGGCUCGCAUAAACAUUAUCGAGCAUCAUGAUAGGAACGAUGCGCUUACUUCUCUCGUCAUUUUUAAUUACCAUGCAAUUUUGUGUGAACGUUUGCCUGUCAAGCGGUGACGGUGGCCCUAAUAGUCCUAUCUUCAAUCUAGAUCAUACGGCGUUAGAAAAGAAUCUCGCUGCAAUAUUUAUCAAGGUCGCACACAGUUCGGCUACCACAAAACGUAGCGUACCUGCUUAUGACGCUCAAGUUUCAGCUAGUACUACCUUAUCGACCGUACCGUCGCCUUUAACAACCUUCACCACCGCUACGACUACAACGGCGACUAAGUCAACGACGACAACAACGACAACGACGACUAGAGCUAUAACAACCUCUGCGAUUAAUCCCUCGUUACAUUCUAUAAGAAUACCAGUACCUCGUGCUACAGCAUCGUCGGGUAUACGUGAUUUACCAUCGUAUGCACCGCCUUCGCGAGCCUUGUUUACACCACCUCUACCGCCGGAGUACCUUCAUCCAUUCGCCGACAAGCCAACGCUUAGGGGUACAAAUUCUGACGUACAUACUGGUGCAAGAAGGCCCGUACCACCACCUAGUCUUACCCCGGCACACGAGAGAAUACCAAUCAGGCCGCCUGACCUAGUACAAGUGCCUGCUUCCCAUGGCCCAGAGAGACACUCGCAUUCCAGGAAUAAAGCCAUCAAUACGAGCAACGUCAAUACAAAAUUUGGACUCGAUUUUGCCGAGAACGAGAAGAGAAAUAAUUCGAACGAGUUUGUACCGACUCUUCAUUAUCCAAGCAUAUCGCGGAUUCUUUCCGGUAGCAAUGGUAGAAAACAAGACAUUCCUGAGAUUCUUUUGAAACCGCUUGCUACAAAGAGUCCAUUGCAGAACGUACCAUUGGUUAUAACGACCGAGAGAAUGAGUACGUCGACUAUGAUGUUGGUAACGACAACACCCGCUACAGGAACGACUACUAUGAUGCCGAUGACGAGUACAGUCGAUCCGUUUAAGAAGAUUACUCAACCGACUAUUUUCAACCUGCCAAAUACGAGAAGGCAGGAGAACGACGGCGAUUAUCAACAUGGCCUGAGAACGGAGAAUGGUUUCAAGACGGAUAAUAUCGAGAUAGUCGAUACAGAAAGACUGCCAUAUCCCCAACCUCAGCCACCGGCACCACCAUCGAAGAAACCAAACGACAAGGACGGUGAUUCUUUGGUACCUCACAUAGAUACGAAUCCUUCAGAAUCAACAUGGAAAAUCGCCUGGUCUCUUCACGUUUACGUAGCGGCCAUCAUGUUCACUCUGAUGGCCUUAUAUUCGAUCUACAAGAUCGUUCGUUUCAACGAAGCUACCAAUCUUCUUACCCAGUCGUACUUCCUCGCCGUUCAUCUUCUUUUAACGACUGUCUGUACUCUGAGGUGUUUUCAUCUGUUCUACGAUGCCUACAAUUUGGGCCAUUCUUUGCCGGAACCAUUAUCACGUGUUUUAAUGUACUUACCGGCACCGUUGUUAUCGGCAGCCUUUGCAACGCUUAUGCUGUAUUUAGCCCGAUGCUCCGAGGCACCAUCGUUGAACAACAAACUCUUAUCUCCAGCUGCCCUAGUUUUAUUCUCAACCGUUCACAUAGUUUUAUGCGUCUCUCUCCACGUGUCCACUCACGUGUUAGGUUAUCGAGAUGAAGCAGAGAUAUUGCCCCUAGUUUGUCAGUGUAUCUACAUCAUUAUUUGCGUUACACUCGGCCUCUGUUAUGUUUAUGUGUAUCGUGUCGUACGCUCGCAGAUACACAUUACGAACAAUAAGACUGCUGGUGUCAAUCACGUGGUCGCUGGCAUCGAUCCUUCGACCGUGGCAUUGAGUACAGCAAUUACGACGACCACAGCGACAGCAAUACUCUUCAUACUGAUAGGUUUUGUUCAGCUCUAUGGUAUAUUUGGCAUACGUGAACGUUCUCAGCCAUAUCCUUGGGUCUGGUGGGGUUGGCAGUUCUUUGUCAGGUUACUAGAACUCUCCGUUUGUGGACUAUUGGUUUGGGUCGCUAGUCUCUCGCAAUAUCCCCUACGAGAGAAACAACUCCAACAGCAUCCAGCUCACUCAGGUUUUGCUCUAUUCCCGUGUGGCAGUUCCACGUCUACGGAGAACAUGGACGAUGUAUUGUAUCCAGCUAUAUGCAGCACAAAUCAAGCGAUACAAAAUUAUACCAUGAGGACUGGGAAACAAGUCUACGACGACAGUUUUCCACUUAACACGUUGCCCGAACAUUUGAACAUAUCAGGUACCUUCGAAAGGCAUUCCAUUCGUAAGUCCGGCACGAUGGGUCAUUUUCCGCAUGAAGGCCGGGGAUCAUUGAGUCGUCAUGGCAACGGUGUGCAAACUUUGAGAAAUUCCGAGAGUCGGGGCAGGCAUACACCUGUUCCGGCUUUACACGAGCAAGCUCCAACAACUGGGUCUACAAUGCUGGUGGCGGAAGACGGCUUCGUCAGGUUUCGAAAUUUAGGUGCGGAAGAAGACGAUUUAUCUGAUAGCCAGAGUAUGGUGGGAACUCAUGGUAGAGGGAGUUCGUUGGCCGGUAGCGUUAGAUUUAAUGCGAGGCAUACCAACAUUCAACACCAACAUCAACAUUCGCAGCACCAGCAUCCUACUCAGCAUCAACAUCAGCAUCAACACUCGUUGCAACAUUCUCACCCGAGCCAACAUCAGACGAGUCAUCAUCAACUCUACAACAAUACGUAGAGAUUCGUCGUCGUGCUAAAUUAUUACGAUGAUGCGGCUUAGUGAACCUAUUUCAUCGUUUAUCAGCUGGAUACGUCAAACGGCUCGAUAAAUGGAUGGACUUAUCGAACAAAUAAAUAUAUCGCGUUAUAAUUAUAUAUAGAAAUAUAUAUAUAUAUAUAUAUAUAUAUAUAUAUGUAUACACAUAUACACACACACACACACACACACACGCCAAUUGAGAGAACUGAUGAUCGUUAGGUAAAAAGCGUAAGACGCUUUUUCGUCGACAUUGUCGUAUAAUGUCCGAGUAAUUUUUUUAAUUUGUAUAUCUUUGCGAAACGCGGUAUCGCGUUGUCAUCGUCAUCGAAAAAAAAAAAAGAAAAAGGAAAAAGAAAACGUGAAAAGUGUUCCCAGUGCGCUCUGCGCGAGUGUCGAUUUGUACCUCGCGAAUUAAAUUUUUCUUGGACGACUCUCGUUUCAUCAUGCAGGGAUGAGGGAUGAAAGUCCCUAGGUAUACCAAAAGUUUCUAGGCGACAUUAAAAAUCAAUUUUAUCACUUUUAGAGACAUUUAGGCUAAACUUUUUUUUUCUUUCUUUGUUUUUUCUUUCAUCUUUUUUCCCCUGAGAUUGUAAAAUUACGACUAUAACUCGUCAAACUACAAAACCUAAACUAUGCGCCUGAUAAGUCUCGAAAAAAAAAAGUAAUUGAUUUUUAUAAUCACGUAGGAACUUUUGGUCUGUUCUGUAUUAUCGCGAAAAGAAGAUAUUGUCUCCCCCUUGUUGUAUAGAAAAAAAAA